AUGACCACUUCCCAGACGGACAACCAGAUAUCAGUUGACGACCGGAAGGAUCCUGAGAGUCAAACAAAGCCCUUGGAGCACCCUCUUCUCUAUGACGCAACACCGUCCACUGUUCUCGUUGAAUUCGUCGGAAAGGAUGAUCCAUACCAUCCUAUGAACUGGCCAUUUCGGAAGAAAGUCUUUACAACUCUUCUUUACGGCCUUACAACAUGUUGGAUUACAUUUGCAUCAGCCGUCUUUGCACCAGGCUCAAGCCAAGUGUCAGAAGACUUUCACGUCAACUCAGAGGUGGCAGCAUCUGGUAUUAGUCUAAUGGUCUUUGGCUUCGGGCUAGGUCCCCUCCUCUGGGCACCCUUAAGUGAAGUAUAUGGGCGGAAAUGGGUAGUGAUACUGCCUUACUUUGUUGCGGCUAUAUUUUCCUUUGGAACUGCAACAGCGAAGGACAUACAGACUGUUCUAAUUACCCGAUUCUUUGCGGGGUUGUUUGGAAGCGCGCCUGUGACGAAUACAGGUGGUGUAAUGGCUGAUAUAUGGCCACCUGAGCAACGUGGUCUUGCUAUUGUUGGGUAUGCUAUCACCAUCGUUGGCGGACCAACACUUGCACCAAUCAUUGGGGGUGCUCUCGUGUCGUCCAGUCAGCUUCGUUGGAGGUGGACUGAGUACCUUACCGGUAUUCUUAUGAUGGUGCAGGUGGUUUUGGAUAUCGUGGGCUUAGACGAAAGCUACCCCCCGGUAUUACUGGCAUACAAGGCUCAUCGACUACGUUUCGAGGGCAAGAACUUUGCAUUGCAUGCCAAGCAAGAUGAAUGGAGCUUCUCGCUGAAAGAGAUUUCACAGAAAUAUCUCAUUCGCCCAUUUCAAAUGUUAGGAACGCCCAUCUGUCUAUUGAUGAGCAUAUAUGCGUCCUUCGUUUAUGGAAUAUUGUACGCAAACCUCGAGGCAUUUUCUUAUGAGUUUCAAAAACUCCGCAGAUGGGGCCCAGUUGUCGGCAACCUUCCAUUUAUCGCUCUCCUCGUUGGAAUUUUCUUUGCCGCAGCGAUCAACAUAUACAACAACCGAUAUUACUUCGAGAAGUUCAAAGCAAAUGACAAUAAAGCAGUUCCCGAGGCUCGCUUACCGCCGAUGAUGGUUGGAGGAUUUGCAUUCACUGCAGGUCUCUUCGUAUUUGGAUGGACCUCGUCACCGACAAUCAAUUAUUGGCCUUCUAUCAUUGGGAUCGCCUUGAUAGGCUUUGGCUUUACAACCAUAUUUCAAGCAGCACUCAACUACUUGGUGGACACCUUUACACGAUUCAGUGCUAGUGCCGUCGCUGCUACGACCUUUCUGCGCUCAAUGAUGGCGGGUGCAUUCCCGCUAUUUGUAAGCCCCAUGUAUCGUAAGAUCGGGGUUGACUGGGGUACCACUGUCUUUGGUUGUAUCGCAGCGGUAUUGAUUCCUGUACCAUUCUUAUUCUUUUUCUGGGGAAAGCAGAUCCGAGCUCGUGGAGAGUGGAGCAAACAUACAAUUUAA